CCACCUCACCACCGUUCUUAAAGUCCAAACACGUGUCACCAGAUCAAGCGACAGUUUUUGGUGCAAUCCUUGAACCGACCACGCCAGAUCCCAAAUUCGCCCAGGUGUUUUCUCUUCGCGUAACGACCACCGACUCCCCUGUUUCUCUCUCAUAACUCGCAGCACACUAGCCACGUUCUCCGAAGCCUCCAUUCAUGACGCAACCCAAUAACUCCAUCCAAAUCCUAAACUGCUCCCCUUUUUAAAGACCGAGAACUAGACAAGUACUCGUUCAAUUUUCUUGAAAGAGAGUUCGAAGGUAUAGAAACAUGGCGGGUGAAGAUAUAGAAAAUGGGGCGGGAAAAAACAGGGGAGGAGGAGCGAACUAUGCAAUUCAUGCAGAAGAAAGAGAUGCUCAAUGGAUAUCCUGGCUGAUUCCAGUUUUUAUUGUAGCCAAUAUUGCUGUGUUUGUGAUGGAGAUGUACGUCAACAAUUGCCCCAAGCAUAUUGGGCCCGGUAACAAGUGUGUGGCGAGGUUCCUAGGGAGGUUCUCUUUUCAGCCUCUGUCCGAAAAUCCCCUUUUAGGGCCUUCUGCUUCCACUCUAGAGAAGAUGGGCGGUCUACAGUGGACUAAAAUUGUUCAUCAACACCAAGGAUGGAGGCUUAUCUCAUCUAUCUGGUUGCAUGCUGGCAUUAUUCAUCUUGUUUCAAAUGUGUUGUGCAUUGCACUUGUUGGCAUUCGCCUGGAGCAGCAGUGUGGCUUUGUGAGGAUUGGAGCUAUCUACUUGUUGUCAGGAUUUGGAGGGAGCAUACUUUCCUCCUUAUUUAUUCAACGUAGCAUUUCUGUUGGUGCUUCUGGUGCUCUUUUUGGACUUCUUGGUGCUAUGCUUUCAGAACUAAUCACAAACUGGAAUAUUUACACGCAUAAGGUUGCGGCGCUGUUGACCAUAUUGGUGAUUGUUAUCAUUAAUCUAGCUGUUGGGAUUUUGCCGCAUGUUGACAAUUUUGCUCAUAUUGGUGGAUUCUUGACUGGGUUUCUCCUUGGUUUUGUCCUGCUGCCUCGUCCUCAGCUUGGUUGGGUAGAGCGGCGUAAUUUACCGGCUGAUGUUCGUGUUAAAUCCAAAUACAAGGCUUACCAAUACGUGCUGUGGUUGGUUUCUCUGGUUUUGCUGAUUGCAGGGUUGACUGUCGGACUUGUAAUGCUAUUUCGAGGAAAGAAUGGAUAUGAACAUUGUCAUUGGUGUCGCUACCUGACUUGCGUUCCCACCUCUAAAUGGAAGUGUGAUGGGGAGUAAUUAGCUUCGAGAAUUUGGGUUUCUUAUUUGGUCUUCUAACUUAGAGUUUGUCAGGUGUAAAUGAUAGCUUGGUAAAUAAUUUGUAGGCAGUAGACUCGCCACUUUCUUUGUGGUACCAUUUACAGCUUCAAACUUUUUUCGUCUGGGCUAUUAUACGAAUCGAGGUUUUCUAUUUUUUUUUUUUUA